AUGGCGUGGAAGCUGUUAUCGUUCCUAUUACUAUCUCUUAUUGGGGUGGCCAAUGCCAGCACCCAGGCGAACGAAAAUGACUUCGAGAACCACCCUACUACGAAGAGAGUGCCGAUGAGGUCAUUUAGUUUAUCAUCGCCUUAUUUAGAUUCCGAUAUGUCGAAUCGAUGGUUCGACUUUGGAGGAGACACCGUUAUUCGUGCGGACCGAUUUAUCCGUUUGACUGCCGAUAGACCCUCACAAAGCGGUUGGAUUUUUUCCCGUGUACCUCUUACUGCGACCAAUUGGCAGGUCGAAGUUGACUUUGCGAUCAACGGCGAGGGAACUCUCCAUGGAGACGGCAUGGCUAUGUGGCUUACUGAGGGUCGCGCAAGUCAAGGCCCGGUUUUUGGAUCUGCGGAUAGAUUCAAGGGACUAGGUAUCUUCAUUGAUACCUACAAGAACGGCCGGCAAGGAUCGACUUUCCCGCUGGUUAUGGCCAUGCUUGGUGAUGGUCAUACCGCAUAUGACAAGGCUAAAGACGGCCAGGCGAAUGAAAUCGCAUCAUGCUCGGCUCGAGGAAUCCGCGGCUCGUCAUACCCCACUAAACUCCGUCUUACAUACUUCCAGGAUAAAUACCUUGCCCUCGACCUGCAGUAUAAGUCGGAUAUGACCUGGACUUCUUGCUUCAAGAUUCAGUCAAAACCUGAAUCUCCGAUUAACCUGCCUGCCGCAGCCUACCUUGGUUUCAGUGCGGAAACCGGCGAGCUCAGCGAUACCCAUGAUAUCCUUGAAGUAGAUGCUUUCUCUCUGUAUACCAAGCAAGGGAGUGACAGCACCGGCCCUGGCCAAACCGCCCAAUCUGCCAACCAGAGAAACGCCCAAAAGGAGCACACGCAUCACGUGGCGAAAAGCGAAGGCAGUUGGCUAUGGUUCUUUUUCAAGGUCAUACUAUUCUUUGCCGUCAUUGCUGGAGCAUACGUUGGAUGGACCGUUUACCGAACGGCGAAGAGCAGGCGAUUCUAA